CUCAAAUGAAACGUUCUGUUUGCUGGAUAGGUUUCAUGAAGGGAAUACAAAAUCAGAUGAGGAACUCCUAAGGCGUAUAACGUUUGUUCCCGAAAUGAAGGGCUCAAUAAAUUCACAAGUUGAAGAGCAGCUGCACAGGGAAAUGAACCGGAACAACUACUUUCUAGAUUCGAUGUCGCCGGGUAACUACAUGUUUGUCCUGCGAUUGCUUCUACAUUUUCACAAUGAACAUACAAACAGGAAAAUGACAGAAGCAAUCAAAGGAAAACUGAACACAGACAUUUCGUAUGGUGAAAUACGUCAUGACAAGUUUGGCCGCCUGCAUCUUUCAGAUUUGGACAAUGCAGCAGAAAAAGAAGAGAAAACAGACCUUUGGACGAGGACUGAAGACGCACAGAAGCACAAGAAAAUAUCGCUCAAAUAUCACAAAGUUACCUUGAAACAACUGCAAGAAGCACUGCAGAAGGCUAGUCCAUCAAACGUGACAACGUUUUGCCAAGGGACAUCAGAACGACUUCUGGCCUCGGAAGGAGGCACACACCUAUCCAAUUUUGUCGAUGUGCAACGGCACAAAACCUGGAACCUUUACUUGGAGGCCAUGUCUACACCGGGUGAAUACGUUGAUCACCUUGUAGUACAGAGAACAUCGCAGUUUCUCAAAAAGGACAUUGCCGUUUUCACAAGUUCCGAAGAUGGAACCGCGUCCGACAGCAAUGUUGUAAUGAUAUGUGGUGGACCAGGAGCGGCUAUUAUGUUAGGUCACUAUCAUGAAGCACAUUAUCAAAGUCUAGAUUUCCAACGUGCUGGACAAGUGGAAUAUUCCACCGCGCAAGCAGAUUCAUCACCAUUGCCAGCGGAGGAUGUGUUUCAAGAUAUCUGUAAUGAUGACAGAAGAUUGGACGAAAUAGUAGUGACGAUAGGUCCCUACCGAAUAUCAAAAUUGGAUAUUCUGACAAUAGCACCAAUACUUCCGAAAGAAACAGAAGACCAGCUGAGAGUGAAAAUUGACAAAGAGACCAGAUGGACUGUGGGCUGGUUAAAUGAUCAGAUAAUAAACGUCUUCUUGUAUGUGCUGUGUCAAAGGCGGGGGAGAAACGCAGCUUUAUCAAGCCAAGUUAUAGAGGGAUGGCAACAUUUCAAGUCCAAAAGGAGACGCCGGGCGCCACUUGUUCAAAAGGUCAGAAUUGCUUUUUAGAAAUAUCUGCAGUUACAAUUUUAAACUGAAGACAAAAUAUGCCAAGGGAAUAUAUAGUUUUUUUAUUCGCCCGUAAAGAGAUCACCCGUUUAAUAAACAUACAG